AUGGAUUCGUCCACUGAGCAUGUGCCAGAAAAGAUUAAUUUCGCCGAAGAAGAAGCGAAAAUCUUAAAGAUUUGGAACGAGAACAAAACAUUCGAGAAAUCGCUGGAACUGGCUAAGAAUCGACCGCAUUACACUUUCUUCGAUGGGCCGCCUUUUGCUACCGGAUUGCCUCAUUAUGGGCACAUUCUUGCAGGGACCAUCAAGGAUGUUGUGACACGCUGGGCUCAACAAACUGGGCAUUAUGUGGAGCGCCGCUUCGGCUGGGAUACCCAUGGAUUGCCUGUCGAAUAUGAAAUCGACAAAGCGCUUGGCAUCAGUGGACCUGCUGAUGUCAUGGCCAUGGGAAUUGAUAAAUAUAAUGCGGAAUGUCGAAAGAUUGUCAUGCGUUAUGCCUCUGAAUGGGAACACAGCGUUAAUCGAAUGGGAAGAUGGAUCGAUUUCAAGAAUGACUACAAAACGAUGUAUCCGUGGUUCAUGGAGUCCGUGUGGUGGGCUUUCUCAGAGUUAUUCAAGAAAGGCCUUGUUUACAAAGGAGUCAAGGUGAUGCCUUAUUCUACUGCUUGCUGCACUCCAUUAUCGAAUUUCGAAGCUGGCUUAAAUUACAAAAUGGUCAACGAUCCGGCAGUUUGCGUUGGUUUCAAAGUUGAAAAUAUGGAAAAUCGAUACUUGGUCGCGUGGACCACCACACCGUGGACACUGCCUUCUAAUCUGGCUCUCGUUGUUCAUCCAGACUUAGAAUACGUGUUGGCACGAGAUAAAAACACAAAUGUCGAAUACAUUGUCAUGGAAUGCCGCCUUGGAGAACUCAAAAAUGAUCAUUUGGAGAUUUUGGAAAAGUUCCCGGGAAAAAAACUCGAGGGUACUUUAUAUGAACCGCUGUUUCCAUAUUUCAAACAUAUGCGCCAAGAGCGAAAUGCUUUCCGUGUCCUCGUCAACACGUUCGUCACCACUGAUCAAGGAACGGGAGUUGUACAUGAAGCUCCUUACUUUGGAGAGAUUGACUUCCAAGUUUGCCUUGAAAACAAAAUCAUCACUAAAGAUAUGAAGGUCGUUUGUCCUGUUGAUGAAACUGGCCGCUUUACCAAUGAAGUCUCUGAUUGGGCUGGAAUGUAUGUCAAAGAAGCAGAUAAGCUCAUCAUCAAGAAUUUAAAGGAAAGGGGACAUCUGGUUCAUCGCGGCGAAGUUGAACAUUCUUAUCCUUUCUGCUGGCGCUCUGAUACUCCACUACUGUACAAAGCAGUCCCUUCAUGGUUCAUUCGAGUAGAAGAAGUCGUGCCAAAACUAUUGGAGAACAAUGAGAAGACUUAUUGGGUUCCUUCAAUAGUCAAAGAGAAGCGUUUUGCAAACUGGCUUCGUGAUGCGCGUGAUUGGGCAGUUUCGAGGAAUCGUUUUUGGGGGCACACCAAUAAAUCUUUGGGUUUC